AUGUCAACCCCCAAAGAUGACGGGAACUACACCUCCCACAACCAAGACAAGAACCCAACCACAGAUACAAACCCUCAUCCCGCCAACUCCCCAAACAAACAUCGCGCAAUAACCACCACCAACCCCGAGUCUCAGCAACACUCCCCACCCAUCUUCGACAUCGCUCAUCACGGAUGGGACGCCUCAAACGUUCCCACCGCAAAAUGUGAUCUUUGCCACCGCCAGCGCUGCGGCACCCUGCAAAAAUGCCGUGUCUGCAAGCUCUCCAUCUGUCAUGAAUGCUGUGUUGGCGGCCGUCUGCAAAACGACCCCAGACACACCAUCGAUACCGCCGCCGUGGACUGGGACGUAGCGCCUACCCUUCGCAAGCGGAAACGCCAGGCUUUGGGAAACGGAGAGGAGAUGCCGUCGGGGACCAAGAAGCAGAGAGGUCGUGGACGGAGACAAGGUUAUGAGUCAAAGGGCCCUUUGGCUUCUUCUUUCGUCGUGGCGUCGGAUGAGGCUGCUCGAGCUCGAGAUGGAGAGGUCGCCUGGCAAAGUGCUGGAGGGUUUCGAGAGUAUGGCUGUCAUGGUCCUAUGGAGCCGCGGCUUUCCGUCGCUCCGGCGUCGUAUUAUCAUUCUGCCAGUCGAAUUCAGGGGAUGAACGAGCUUUCGCCCAAGUACGCCGCUCGUCGUGAGCCUCAGACGACAAGUUCCAGCUAUGAGAGAAUUCCUGCCAUCGAAGCUGUCCGUGAUGAUGGCGGCAACGAUCAACAGCACCGAGCUUCUCUUAGUAACGAGGGUUACUAUGCGGCCUCUUCUCAGGAGAAAUUAUCCCGCCGUCCCGCCUCUCCAGCAAACGACUUCUCGCAGCCUGUGCUCCCACCCAUCACGCCUUUGCUCAGGGACAGACGUAUGCAGCAUCAUCAUUCCAUCGAUGACUUCCGAAUUGGCUCAGACAUCCUUAACCGUCUCGACCACCACUACCAGCAGCCCAUCUCCAACGAAUCCUGGCCUCUGCACGAACACACCGAGUCCUUUGGCACCAAUCUCGUCAACGCCGCUCGCGCAAACCAUCGCGAAUCCCACCCCCCAAAGCCGCUCGACCACUGCCUCCGCGAAGAACUCCAAGCUGUGUGGACCUCUCGCGCUUUCAUCGCCCAUGACCCCGACGCAGGCCGUCGUCAUCGUCGGCUCCUUGCCGCGGCGUACUUUGCCAGUACACGUCUUGGUCUUGAGCCGCGGGGAAACGCGGCGCGGGAGUGGUUGUGCGGAGAGGAGAGGAGGAUGAGAGAGAUGGGAUAUGAAGCUACCAAGACUGCGCAGCUGCUGGAUUUUCUUCAGGAGGUUGGAAUCUGGUAUCUGCAACAGGCUCAGCGUUAG